AGUGACAAGAAAAUAAUGAUUUUGGUUAAAAGAUUUUCCGGUUUUAUUAAAAGGUUAUGGAUCAAGUCAAAGCUGUAUUUAAAAUUAAUUAAUUAAUUAAUUGAUUGAUCAAAAAGAUUUUAUCCAUAAAUAGUUGAUCGAUUUAUUUAUAAUCCCAUCAUAAAGCCACCGGAAUCCCACAAUCAAACAGAAAGUACUUAACGCUCGUACUGCGCGUGAAGUACACCUCCUGCCGUUACUCUUAUUAGUUUAAUUUCCCGGCAAGACAAACUCACUGAUAAACCCUAACUUGUGAUUUUCUGCAUUAGCACUAAUAAAAAUAGCCAAUUCACCGCUAGGGCCUGUCUGUGAAGCUUCAAUUUUUAAUUUUGAGCUCUUUAAUUGCCGAUUAAAUCAAAUCAAGUCUCACUACUUUUUUGUUUUUGCAAUGGCGGCGGAGGACAAAAAUGGAAAUCGAAGUGAGGUGAGUGAGUACACAUCAGAGGACGAGGGCACGGAGGAUUACAGGAGAGGAGGGUACCAUGCGGUGCGUAUAGGUGAUACUUUCAAGAAUGGUCGCUACGUGGUGCAGAAUAAGCUUGGCUGGGGCCAUUUCUCUACUGUUUGGCUUGCUUGGGACUCUCAAACUUGUCAUUAUGUAGCUUUGAAAGUCCAGAAGAGUGCUCAGCACUACACUGAGGCAGCCAUGGAUGAGAUAAAGAUCCUCAAGCAGAUUGCUGAUGGAGACCCUGAAGAUAAAAAGUGCGUGGUGAAGCUUAUAGAUCAUUUUAAGCAUUCAGGGCCAAAUGGGCAGCAUGUGUGUAUGGUUUUCGAGUACUUGGGAGAUAACCUUUUGACCCUUAUUAAGUAUACUGAUUAUCGAGGCGUUCCUGUACAGAUGGUGAAAGAAAUCUGUUUCCAUGUUUUAGUGGGUUUGGAUUAUUUGCAUCGCGAGCUUUCGAUUAUUCACACCGAUUUGAAGCCAGAGAAUAUAUUGCUUUUGUCAAACAUUGAUCCAUCUAAAGAUCCCCGUAAGUCAGGUUCUCCUCGCAUCCUCCCUACCAAAAAGGAUAAAAUUGUGACUGAAUCCAGUGCUUCAAGAGAAGUUAAGAGUUCAUAUGGGGAUUUGACCAAGAACCAAAAAAAGAAGAUCCUAAAGAAGGCUAAGAAGGCAGAACAGGGCUCAGGGAAUGAAGCAUCUGAGGAAAAUGAGGCAGAUUCUAAAACAUCUAGUCCUGAUAGUUGUAGUAUUGACAAGAAAUCUAAUGAGGAUUCUAUUGAAGAACAGAAUGGUUCUGUGAGCAAAGAUGAAUUAAGUAAGAAUGGUGGAAUAAAGGAUGCUAGCGAAGGGAAUCAAAGUAGCAGUCAUAGAAGACCUAGCCGUCCCACAAGGAAAAAGCUUUUGGCAGCAGUUGAUCUGAAGUGUAAAUUGGUUGAUUUUGGAAAUGCCUGUUGGACAUACAAACAAUUCACAAAUGACAUUCAGACUAGGCAGUAUAGGUGUCCAGAGGUCAUUCUUGGAUCUAAAUACUCAACUUCAGCAGAUUUAUGGUCCUUUGCUUGCAUAUGUUUUGAGCUGGCCACGGGUGACGUUCUUUUUGAUCCUCAUAGUGGUGACAACUAUGAUAGGGAUGAGGAUCACUUGGCAUUAAUGAUGGAGCUUCUAGGGAUGAUGCCACGAAAGGUGGCUUUAGGUGGUCACUAUUCUCGUGAUUUCUUUGAUAGACAUGGGGAUUUGAGGCACAUCCAUCGUUUGCGCUUUUGGCCUCUUAAUAAGGUGCUUGCAGAGAAGUAUGACUUCAGUGAGCAAGAUGCAAAUGAUAUGGCUGACUUCCUUGUUUCAUUACUCGACUUCGUCCCUGAAAAGAGACCGACAGCAGCUCAAUGUCUUAGUCACCCAUGGCUCAAUGCAGGACCUCAUCUGCUUGAGCCUUAUGUGGAUGCUAUGGAGCCCAGGGCAAAGGAAGAGAGUAUAUCCGAAAAGAAGAGAGAGACAGACGAGAGGGAAGCUAUUGAGAUGGGAAUGGGAAAAAUAGCCAUUAAUGGAGUUUCAAAGCCACGCAAAGAAACCCAAGCCGUUUUGAAUUCCACAACUUAGAUCUACUAACUUGUCCAGAUGGUGUUUGUCACCUGUUUUUCCAAUGCUUUUUCAUCACUUGUAUAACCUGCCAAAAUGUGGCCUUUAUCAUGCCUAUGAAAAGUCGGGUUUUGCAUGUUGAGGUCUGCAUUGUGAUGCGAUGAGUUGACCUAAGAACCUUUGGUCCUUGAGUCAUAAUCAUGUUUUAGGUUAGUGCUUAGUUCGUUGUUUUCUCCUCCGAAGAGAACCUCUCGACUUUGCUCAGAUUACAAUGUCUCAAUUGAAGCAUCCAGUUAUGUCACAAAUGUAUAUUCUUGUACAUUUCACAAUUAUCUUUUGAUUGUUUUUGUAUCGAAAACUUUUGUCUAGGUUAGGAUGUUUAUUUGGAGAUACAAUUUUAUAUUUGGGGA